AUGGCCAGCGUGCUGCCACGGACACCUGGCACGGGUGUAGAUCUUCCUCCCUGGGAAUCGAUGCGCUACGCCCAUGCGGCCAUGUUCUGCUCGUUUGGCGAUGAAGAUCUGGCUACUAGUGAUGGAGCGAUGAAGGACCGCUGGCUCAUUAAGAACCUGCCUGGCUGCAGUGUCACCGAGGAUACAACGUGUGAUAGACCGGACGGCUCUAAAAACUGCACCGCGAUAUUCGAUGACGUUAACGCGACCAACUUGGAUAAAGCCUCGUUCUGGAUCUUCAAGGCCGUGGUCGGCGUCCAGUCUAAGUUGUCUAAGCUGCGAUCGAGACUGAAGGAGGAAACUCUCUUCCUUGACCUAGAACUCAAGUCGCUGAAUCCAAAGCCCAAGCAUCGUGGAUCGCCGCGGCUCUUAGCAUUGGGCACCAUUACGAAUAUAGGCUUCAACCUCUUCAACGGCUUGAUAGACAUGACCGGUGAUCAGACCGCAGAUGAGGGCGACUUGCAGGCAUCAUUAGCCAAGGUUUCACGCUCCAUGGGUUCCAACAUAGAUGACAUGCUCUCUGUCGCGAUGGGAGGCGGCAAAGGAGAUGACUAUGACAAGCUUCCUAUCCAAUCCAAGGGCUCCUACAAAAACAAGGUUGCUCAAUUUUUCAACACCGGCUUCUGGCUUCAAAAUAACGAUGCUGGCCUGGUAAAAGAGAUGAUGGAUGCUGCGAUCUUGAAUUUGCGGGCCAAGAUGGUCGAUGAGAUCCUCAGCGCCAACGGGUGGUACGUUUCAUGGUACGUUUGGCGAAACUCCGAAGACAAGUGUCCAAAGGAACAAGGAUUUGAGUGGGUCAAGGCAGGUUUUGAAUACUACUGCGUGAUCUUGAUGAAUAGCAGCUGGAGCGGCCCCGAUUUCGCAGAGGACAGGAUCUACAAGGCCAUGGAUAAUAACGGGCUGAGGGAUCGAAAAGCUUAUUACGGUAGCUUGGUUGACUGUGCCAAGAAUGGUGACGGAAAGUUCGAUGCCAAGUCGUUGACAUACGGCAAGAUUCCGAAAUGUUUUUUCCAUCUCAAAGUUAUAGAUUUUGUCUAG